ACGCAGCUGGCGCCGCCACACCAGGAACCUCGACGGUUUCCAUGUUUCCAUUUACCCGAGUCUAACAUGCUGUUUUUCAGAUUUACUUUGCGAUUAUAACUGGAUGACCUUAUCAGACAUAACUAAAGGUGUGCUGAAGAUCACAAAUAUUAUUUAUAGGCCGAUAAAAGGGCGGGAGUUCAGAUGUCAGUGGUCCGUGAGAGUCUUGUGACAGUUAAAGUUUUCUCCACGGAGCUACACGAUGAAAGUGUUGGCUGUUUGGGAGCUGGCCAUCCCUCUUCCAGCAGUGAUGUUGAUCGUUGCAAGUCUUUACAUGAUCCUCCUGGGGACUGGGCUCUGGAUCCGACACUGCCUCAAGGACCGCUGUUCUUCAGAUUGCACUGAUUGUUGUCCACGUGUUUCUCUCUGUGAGCAAUGCUACAGACUGGCUGAAACGUGUAACUACCGCAUGCCAACCAUCCGCUCGUUCCUGCCUAACUCAUGCUGUUCACCAUCCUGUGCCAACAUGGACUGUUCCUGCGCCUGUCAGCCUCCGGCGUGUGAAGACUUCAGCUGUUUCUGCUUGGAGAUCCGGAUCAAGUAAAGGACAAAGGUGGACAUGUUUUUGCACUUCACACUUUUCAUUUUAUGCCUUUAGUUUGAGAGUUUACGUUACAAGGUGACAUGAACAGUUGGAAUUGAAGUCUCAGGCCGACUUCAUUAUCCGGGUCUUAAACCUCUUGUUGUUGUGUAUCGACAUGACUUCUUCUCCUUUACUCACUUCAAAUCAACCUGUUACUGCCUCAAAUACUAUAGCUUGUUCAUUUUCCAGAGUGUUUUUCCCCCACUGUAAUAAACUGAGUUAACAACACUAUUUAUAAGAACUGUGAUGGACUGGUGACCUGUCCAGGGUGUACCCCUACCUUUCACCUGAAGAGAGCUUGGAUUUGCUCGGGUAGACCCCUGUGACCCUAAAGUUUGAGUACGGUACAGUGUGGUGGAGCUGAUGUCUGUCUGGUCUGCUGCUCAGGACUGAUGCUCCAGAAGGUUUGUUCCACUGAAGUUCAUAGCAACUAUAAAAACACGGAUACACCUUUACAAAAAUGCUGGUGGAGGCCAUGGACCCCUGAGUAGUGGAGGUUGGCAGACUGAUUUCCAGCCUGACCACAUACUGAAGACCGUUGGACACUAAACUCCACUUUGUGCCCUGAUAUGUUCAUCUAUCUCUGAUUAUUGAAA